UGGACUUUUUGCGUUUUGCACAGAAUUUGAAGUGCCAGAUCCUUUAAUGUCUGUUUAUUAAUGGUUUAUUGAUUUAUUUUAUAUUAGUGUGGGACGUGGGUCUAGUUGUUAUGUACCUAUACUAUUAUUAGAUACAUUUGCUAACAAGAGGUUGAAGGCUGACCUGGACUCUUGAGAUAAGUGUAGUCAUGGAAGAUGUAUCCUUGAACAUCCAAGGAGAGAUUUUCAAAGUAAAAAAGGAUACAUUAUGUGAACACAGUGACUAUUUUCGAGCUAUGUUCAGCGGUCAUUACGUGGAGAACAAUCAACAAGAAAUUACAAUCGAUGUCCUGGAAGCUGAAAUAUUUAAAAUUAUCGUGCAAUACAUGCAAAUAGGACUCAUAAAUUUAUAUGAAUAUGAUUUAUCAACUAUUCGCGACAUAGCAGUCGCUGCAAACUUCUUACAAAUAACAGAAUUAAUGAAACAAAUAGAAUAUACUUUAGAACUACAGAUAACAGACUCCAACUGGGUAGAAAUAAUGGAGAUAGCUGAGAGUUCAACAUACCAUAAACUUGAACAUGUUGCCGCUGUCCAUGGACUCCUUUCCUUUACUAACAUGAAGCCAGAAUACAUACCAUCCAUGCAUAAGCUCGCCUGGUAUCUAUCAAAUCCAUAUCUAAAUGCAGAAAACGAAUCCGAUAUAUUCAAGUUUGGCUUUGAUUGGAUGAUCAAUAAUGAAACUGGAGCAGAUGCUUUGCUCAUUAUUCUCAGUUGCCUAGACCUCACAAAACUCACAACAUAUGAUCUUAAAAGAAUACUGGAUUUAUUAGGUGACUAUGUGAACAGCCUCGCCAUAAAGGUUGUUCAAUGUCUGUGUGUGCUGCACGGGUAUCCCGGGGGAAUAUCACCAGUGACACUAAAGAAUAACAGACAGAAGCUAACCGAGGAGUUUACAAUGCGAGUUUGGACAGAAACAUAUAAAUUAGUAGAUGAAUGUAAACCAAGAAAACUUGUAUACACAUGUAUAGUGCCCAUGUGGCAGUUGCAAGAAUCAAAUCAUAGGCCUUUGCCACACUGUCUUUACACUUACAAUGACGGCGAAGGCUUGAGUAAAUGGAUGGAGUUAACUGAUUCUGUGCUAUGGGGUUGGAACAUCAUAACAUGGGGUCUCACCAAAAUAGUGAUGGUGUGUGGGGAAUAUGAUAGAGGGAGUGGAAAGUUUAUGAGAGAUGUUAGGGUUUACGAUACAGUACAGAAUGAAUGGACGAGCCAUGGUGUAGAGCUGCCACACAGGAGACAUGCAGGGUUAGCGGUAGUCGGUAAUUCCUUGUUCAUAGUGGGUGGUGUAGGUGGCCAUAGAAUAGUACUGAACACAGGAAUUGUGUAUGACUUAAAGGAGAGGACUUACAGGAAAAUUGCAAAAAUACCUGAUGCGAUUCAGAGUCCAGCUUUGUGUUCACAUAAAAACAAAGUGUAUGCAGCUUUACAGAAUAAUAUAUAUCGUUAUGAUGACUCUGGUGAGACAGAUCAAUGGGUUACCAGUGUUGCUACUAAGAUCAGAUUAAGUUGUAUACGCCCAUUCAAGGACUACAUUUAUGGCAUACAAGGAUAUUUCAGCCAUCUCUAUCGAUUCCAACCUGGUGUUGACGAAAGAAUGGAAAUAAUCACAUAUUUUUCUAACCUGCCCAUGACUAUGUGCAAUAUAGGUAAUCGUCUCUUGGUGUUUACUCAAACAAUUCAUGGCCACUCUGAUAUAUUAUUUGUUGAAGAGUAUACAGGAGAAGGUACAGACAGAGAUUCUGAGGAAACCAAAGAAAAACCUUUGGUCAAUACUACAUUGUUUUGCCAAGGAGGUGGUUCUGAGAUCCCCAAUGAAAUACAAGGCGAAACUUCUGCAUAUAACAGAUUUCUCAAAGAGUAUAAAGGAGACUUCUUAGCUGAUAAGCCAAAAGUUAUUUACAAACAGAAAUCGUCGCAGGAAGGCGUAGAGAUAAAGGUGAUUGAUGUCGCCGGGUCUGGGGUGAUAGUGCUGUCUACUCCGCCUCUGCUUAAGGACAUGUCUGAUUACCACAGAAGACAUCUCUCACAAUAUACAUACCUGUAAUAAAUAUUUAUUUUAUUGUCCAUA